AUGCUUAGCGAGGAAGCAAGGAAGAGCGGGCGGAGUGACGUGAAACGAAGAACCGAGACCGGUGGUAAUUGGCAUCAGGCGAUCGAAACCAUUCCGAAGAACUCGCUCUACGGUAGCUGUAGCAAAGGUGAGGGCGAAUUUCCAGUUGAAUCGCUGCUGAGUGGCGUUUUCGUUGUGAAGGUUGCUGCGGGAGAGGUCAGCUUGGUAGGCUUGCGGCCGACCAGGCUCAUGCAGUAA